GAAAUAUCCGUUUCAUAAAGUGAAAAUUAGAAGUGAUAAGUUUAUUUUCAAUUACGUUUAAGAAUGAUGAAUACGAAGAUUGAAGCGUUUCACGAAGAGGAUUACGAUAAGUUGAUUAAACCGAUUAUGAUAACUGGUCACAUAAUUUCUAUUUGGCCCUUGCCAGAGAACAGCAGCUCGAGAAGAAUUAUGUUCAGAAAGUUCCACUUGUUCUGUAUGUUUUUUUUAGUAGUGGUGAUGUCGAUUGCGGUGACGGCGGACGUGAUUCACUUACUCGAUGAUUUGGACGAGGCAACCGAGUGCGCUUUAAUUUGUACAGCUUUUUGCCUUUGCGUGGUUCGUAUGACGGUCUACUCGCUUCAUCAAAAGGACAUGCUCUAUGUAGUAAACACGAUGAAAGAUGACUGGCUCUCGUCUACGGUCGAGGAUCGAGCAAUUCUUGCUGAGAAGACGAUGUUCGCUUUUCGUCUAGCAAAAUACUUCAUCAGCACCGUUGCUAUAACUAUAAUUAUGUUCAUGACUGUUCCCGCUUUGGAAAUCUACGUGUUGGGUGCCAGCGAAAAGGUGCUCCCGUUCCGCGGCUACUUCUUCAUCAACCAAACCGUGUCGCCCGUUUUCGAAUGCCUUUAUUUAUUUAACGUGACCGCGGGUGGUUUCGGGGGUAGCAUGAUCGCGGGUGCAACUAGCUUUAAUCUGAUCGUGAUAAUGCACGGCUCGGGAAAAUUUGCAGUUCUGAGGAAGAGGCUAGAGAAUCUGACCGGCGAUGAUCCUGAAUCUACUUCCGUCUUGCGAGAUUACGUGAUUCGACAUCAACGAGCCAUAGAGUACGCAGAUGCAUUGGAGAGGAUCAUAAAUGUCCUGGCUUUGGGGCAAUUCAUUAUUAGCACGGGUCUGAUCUGCUUCGCAGGAUUUCAAAUUACUUCGAUGAUGAAGGACAAAGGACGUCUGCUGAAAUAUUCGACCUUCUUGAACUCCGCCAUCCUCGAGUUAUUCAUGUUCAGCUUCAGCGGGGACGGAUUGAUCGACGAGAGCGAGGCUGUGGGUGACUCUGCUUAUGCGAGUGGAUGGAUCGGCAGCCGUUUUGCCAAGAGUCUUCAGAUCAUGAUGUUGCGCUCGAGGAGUCCUAGCAAGAUAACAGCGGCGAAAUUUUACAGCAUGUCUCUGCAAAGUUUCUCGUCGGUUUUGAGCACAUCGUUCUCGUACUUUACGGUGCUCACAGCGACUAACGACGACUAACAGCCUUACCGAUGAAAACGAGCUUGGACAACGCUUUACGGUUCCCCGAUGACUCAAACCACAAAGAAUACAUUAGUCGUUCCACUAGCCUAUAAAUAUCCGUGUAAACCAAAGUAUGGUCCGAAGGUAUUCUCGAUGCUUGAUGAUACGGUGGAAGGUUUUACAAUAAAUUGGGUAAUAGGUCCAG